AAUUUUUCUUACAUUCUCAAGUUUUACUCGUUUAUUUUUAAUCAUCUAUAACCAAAAAAACAAUACCUCGAACAUAAUUUUUUCAUUCCCUUAAAUUUUCACUCUCUAUAUCAUCAUAUUAUGAGCUUAAAAAUCGAUUAAAUACAAUUGAAUACCGUAGAGUAAUCACUUGAGCUCACCAAUAAAAGAUAUCUGUCAACGAACGUGAAUCUCUCGAGAAGCAUUAAAGUUACACACGUGGGUGGCUCAGAGGCGAUUCGUUUCGAAUCGAAUGUUUUAACACAGCGAUCAAUCAUCGACGAGCACACACAUACGAGGACACUGUAAUCCUCCUCCCACUCACGAAGGAACAAUAAACUCUUUGUCACGCGUCUGCCGCUUUUGCAGAUAGAUAACGAGCCGACCGCGCGGCCUUGCAUUACAAACGAUAUUCGCAAGGUUGGCUCGCGGCUGCGUACGCGUUCAUUAUGUGCUCUUCGUGGACGAAAAUGCGUGAAUCGAGCGUUGGAAUAUAUCGAAGGACGAAUAUUUCCAAUGUCCAUACAUCGAGGGUCAUUGUGCGAAUUUCAAUGAAGCGGACAGAGGCGAAAAAUAGGAAUCGAUGAAAAUGGAAGAUUUUUUUUUUAACUUUUUAAAUUUAUUUUAAUUUCCAUUUAAAUUUUAUUUCGUAUUUUAUUCGUUUAAUUCGUUUAAAUUUUUAAUUUUAUUUAUUUUUUUUUUCUAGAAAGAAGAAAUUACUUUUCGUAUAUUCAUAUAUUCUUGCAUAAAACAUCUUUUAUAAAUAUCGUGAAAUUAUAAUGAAUGUUUAUCAAUAUUGACAACUACUUCAGGCAAAGAAAAAUUAAUAAACGAGAUGUCAAAAAUUUUCUAAAUUUAUUUAUGCUGCACAAAAGAAAAAAAAAACAAAUCGUAAUGAAUCUAUUCCUAUUUUAUCUAAUGUAAAAUAUAAUAGCUUAUAAAUAGAACACGGUAUUUACGUAAAUGCAUAUUUUUACAAGAAAUAGAUAAAGAAAUGAUACUUGGAUAGAAAUAUCUUUUAUCGUUGUUUUAUCGUUACAUUAUGCUUCACAUUGUAAAAAAAAAAGGCAUUUAUAAAUAGUAAUCCAGAUUUUUUGAGAUACCAUACAGUUUGGUUCGUCAAACAGAGAAUCGAUUUUCUCGAUUGCUUAGAAAGUUUCUCAGUGGGAGGCGCGCCAUCAGCCUUGAAAAUCGACUCCAUCGACCAAGUGAUCGCCACCUCGUUGGAAAAAAAAGUGUCAAGGACGCGAUAAAUCGCCAAUUUGGAAUUUUAAGCGUAAUUUGGCCGAUUGGUCCUCGACACGACCUGUCGAUCUCCUUAAAUGGAAACGAUAAUUCCUACGAUUAAAGAGCCUCAUCUUGAGAACCGAUUGGCCAAAUUUGAAAUCACAAAUUGGCGAUUUGUCAGAGAAGAGGAAUCCAUUUCUAUUUUCAUCUCCUUUCCCUUUUUUUCUUUAAUUUACCAGACACGAGUUUCAACGAGAUCAGCGAUUCAACGAUUCUAUUUUUCCAACAAGAUAAUCGUGUCAAGAGAUCAAAUUUGUGCAAAGCUACACGAUAAACAGAGUAUAUAAAUUCUCGAAAGUGGAAUGUUCCCGUGAAUAAAGCGAAGAGAAGAUGGGCGAAUUUGCCUUGUUAUUCGUUCUCUCGGUCGUUUCGUUUUUCGUAAUCGGUGCAUCGGCAUUUUACAACUGUGAGUACAUAAACAAUUGCGAUGUGUGCACGAACUUGGACGGAAGCUUGGUGAAGCUGAAAAGAGUGGUGGACACGAUAAAUAUUUUCGAAUUGAAUCUAACGUCUAUCGAGGAGAACACGUUCGAGGAUGUAACGGCCAUCAAACUGAGCUUCAGCGUCGGUAACAAUAUAUCCAGAGUGAAGAAGGAAUCGUUCAAGGGAUUGGAGAUGUUGAAACAAUUAGACCUGAGCAACAACAUGAUACCCCUCUCGCCGUAUCUGUUCUCAGAAUUGAAACAGUUGCGUUUGCUGAUCCUAAAAAAUAACAAGUUAAAGGAAAUACCCAAAGACUCGUUCGCGGGCAUACCCAACUUGAAGGAACUCUACUUACAACGUAAUUACAUCCAACUGCUCAACAAGGAUUCGUUUUCGGGAUUGUCUUCGUUAGAGAUGCUUCAACUGGACAAUAAUAGAAUCAGUAAUGUAGAUGCUGAAUCCAUGUGCCACGUACCAAGAUUGGAAGAGCUUCAUCUGAUGAACAACACGCUCACGUCUAUCCAGCCAGGAUCCUUGGCAUGCCUGCACCAUCUGAAAUUUGUUAAUUUUGCGUUCAAUCGGUUGACCAGAUUAUCCAAGACGGAUUUCGAGGGAUUGAUAAAUAUAGAGACCAUGAAUCUGCACAACAACCAGAUAGCCACUAUCGAUCCAGAGACGUUUUCACAUACGAAGAAAUUGGAAAAUUUGUUCAUAACAAACAAUCAAUUGACCACGAUUGAUUCUCGGCUGUUCAACGGGUUGACCGAGUUGAACUGGCUUGAAUUAAAUGAGAAUAAGAUCGGCACGUUAGAGUCUGGUUGCUUUGCUGAUCUUGACAAGCUGAGUAUAUUGCAUCUCGAGGAUAAUAAUUUGACUGCGGUGGACAGGGAGAAGGUUGGAUUGACCAAUUCGACCGAUCUGAUCAUAUUCCAAGGGAAUACUACGAGGAAAUUUAACGAAGAGGAAUCUCAAGUAUUGAUUUUGUAUUGGUUGAUAAUGAUGGAAGGAAAUUUGUGAGAAUUUUAUAAUCGAAAUUAAUUAAAGGAAUAAAGGUAUUAAUUAAUACUAAUGUAUCCUGCUAAUGUAUCCAAUCUAAUCUACUUCUAUUCGAAAUAUAAUUAAAACUUGAAAAGAUAAAUGUCAUAUUAACGAAUUUUCUAAUUAAAGUAAUAUUUUAAUCAUAAA